AUGAAUAGAAGCGUUUGCCACCACCUCCUUGCCCAGUGCAAAAAGCUAAGAGAGCUCCAGAGGAUCCACGCCCUGGCCGUUACCCAUGGUCUCCACCCCAACCAUCAGUCUGUUUCCUGCAAAAUCUUCCGCUGCUACGCUGAUUUCGGACGCGUAGCUGAUGCCCGCAAGCUGUUCGAUGAGAUCCCCCACCCUGACCUUAUCUCCUUCACUAGCCUCAUGUCCCUCCAUCUCCAGUUGGAUCACCAACGUGAAGCUAUAUCCUUGUUUGCUCGUGUUGUUGCCGCUGGCCACCGCCCUGAUGGCUUUGCUGUUGUUGGUGCCCUGUCGGCCUCUAGUGGUGCUGGUGAUCAAGUGGUCGGUAGGGCGGUGCAUGGCCUCAUUUUCCGGCUUGGAUUGGAUCAUGAGGUGGUCGUGGGCAAUGCAUUGAUCGAUAUGUAUAGCCAGUGUGGGAAGUUUGAGUCUGCGGUGAAGGUGUUCGAUAGAAUGUCUCUGAAAGAUGAGGUCACCUGGGGUAGCAUGCUGCAUGGUUAUAUCAAGUGUGCUGGUGUGGAUUCAGCAUUGUCGUUCUUUGAUCAGGUUCCUGUGAGGAGCGUAGUUGCUUGGACAGCACUGAUCACUGGUCAUGUACAGGGCAGGCAGCCUGUACGGGCUCUAGAGCUUUUUGGUAGGAUGGUACUGGAGGGCCAUCGCCCUACUAAUCAUGUCACAAUUGUAGGUGUACUCUCAGCUUGUGCUGACAUUGGUGCUCUGGAUCUAGGACGUGUCAUUCAUGGAUAUGGAAGCAAAUGUAAUGCCAACUCGAAUAUAAUUGUUAGCAAUGCUCUGAUGGAUAUGUAUGCAAAGAGUGGAUGCAUUGAGAUGGCAUUUUCUGUGUUCCAAGAAGUUCAAUCAAAGGAUUCUUUUACAUGGACAACUAUGAUCUCAUGUUGUACAGUCCAGGGCGAUGGGAAGAAAGCUCUUGAGCUCUUUCGGAAUAUGCUUAGAGCUGGGGUAGUUCCAAACAGUGUAACCUUUGUUUCUGUUUUGUCAGCAUGCAGCCAUGCUGGCUUGAUAGAAGAAGGCAGAGAGUUGUUCGACAGAAUGCGUCAAGUAUACAAAAUUGAUCCCCUGCUUGAGCACUAUGGUUGCAUGAUUGAUCUGUUAGGACGGGGAGGACUACUAGAGGAAGCAGAAGCUCUAAUAGCUGAUAUGAAUGUGGAGCCUGAUAUUGUUAUAUGGAGGUCACUUCUUAGUGCAUGUCUAGUUCGUGGCAAUUAUAGACUAGCUGAGAUUGCUGGAAAGGAAAUUAUAAAGAGAGAACCUGGGGAUGAUGGGGUUUAUGUGCUUCUUUGGAACAUGUAUGCGUCAUCAAAUAAAUGGAGAGAAGCUCGAGAGAUGAGGCAGCAAAUGUUGACUCAUAAGAUCUUCAAAAAACCAGGGUGUAGUUGGAUAGAAAUUGAUGGUGUUGUCCAUGAAUUCUUGAUGUGUUCUGAAGUUGAUGUUGACAGAGAUGCAAGUGUUGGACAGAAGGGUUGUAAGGAUAUAAGGCGUUACAAAUGUGAAUUUUGCACUGUUGUCAGGUCAAAGAAAUGCCUAAUUCAAGCUCACAUGGUUGCACAUCAUAAGGAUGAACUGGAUAAAUCAGAAAUAUACAACUCAAAUGGGGAAAAUAUUGUUCACGAGGAGGAACAUAGGUGCCAAGAGUGUGGCUCUUGUUUCCAGAAACCAGCUCAUCUGAAGCAGCACAUGCAAAGUCACUCACAUGAGAGACUCUUUAUUUGCCCACUUGAAGACUGCCCCUUCAGCUAUAAAAGGAAAGAUCAUUUGAACCGGCACAUGCUUAAGCAUGAGGGCAAAUUGUUUAGUUGCACUGUGGAUGGUUGUGAUAGGAGGUUCAGUAUGAAGGCAAAUAUGCAACGGCAUGUUAAGGAAAUCCAUGAGGAUGAAAAUGUUUGUAAGAGCAACCAGCAGUUUAUUUGCAAGGAGGAGGGCUGCAACAAGGUUUUCAAGUAUUCAUCAAAGCUGAAGAAACAUGAGGAAUCCCAUGUUAAAUUGGACUAUGUGGAGGUAUUGUGCGGUGAACCAGGCUGCAUGAAGAUGUUUACAAAUGUUGAAUAUCUGAGGGCUCAUAACCAAUCUUGCCAUCGGUAUGUUCAGUGUGAGAUAUGUGGAGAAAAGUACCUGAAGAAGAACAUCAAGCGGCACCUGCAAUCCCAUGACAAGGUGCCCUCUGGUGAAAGGAUGAAAUGCACUUUUGAGGGUUGUGAACACUCCUUUUCCAAUAAAUCAAAUUUGACCAAGCAUGUCAAGGCAUGCCAUGACCAGCUUAAACCUUUCAAGUGCCAAAUUGCCGGGUGUGGCAAGGCGUUCACCUACAAGCAUGUCAGGGACAACCAUGAGAAAUCCGGUGCUCAUGUAUACAUUGAAGGAGACUUUGAGGAGAUGGAUGAGCAGUUGCGUGCCCGGCCAAGAGGUGGACGAAAGAGGAAAGCGUUGACAGUGGAAACAUUGACACGCAAGAGGGUGACUAUCCCUGGCGAGGCUUCAUUGUUGGAUGAUGGAGUGGAGUAUCUACGCUGGUUGCUGUAUAGUGGCGAUAAUUCAAGUGAAACUAGGUAG